AUGCGAGCCUGGAUGCUCGAUGCACCCGGCACGCCGUCCUCGUUCUACAUCAAGGAGAUUCCGAUUCCUACGCCAGAAGCCGGAUGGGUUCUGAUCAGGGUGAAAGCGUUCGGGCUGAACAGGAGCGAGCACCACACGCUAAAAGGUCUCGCCUCAGGCGUCAUCUUCCCCCGCGUCCUGGGCAUCGAAGCCACCGGCGUCGUCGCAGCGGCCCCGGGUGGAGAAUUCAAAGCAGGCCAGCAGGUGUGCGCCAUGAUGGGCGGGAUGGGGCGGGUGAUCGAUGGAGGGUACGCAGAGUACACCUGCGUGAAAGCCGAGAAUAUCAUCCCCUUCGCUUCGGACCUCGACUGGUCCCUCCUGGGCGGCGUGGGCGAAAUGCUGCAAACGAGCUACGGGUCGCUGUCCAUCGGCCUGGACGCGAAGAAAGGCGAGUCCAUUCUCAUCCGCGGCGGCACGUCGUCCAUCGGGAUGGCGACGGCCGUCCUGGCUAAGCAGCUCGGUAUGACGGUCUUCUCGACGUCGCGGACGGAGAAGAAAACCGACGCAUUGAAAAAGGUUGGAGUCGACCACAUCAUCAUCGAUGACGGGAAUGUUGCCGAGAAGGUCCGCGCUAUUGCCCUGGAAGGCGUCGAUUGCGCGCUGGAGUUGAUCGGGACUGAUGCGCUGCCUGAUACGCUGAGGGCGUGCAAGGUUAAGGGCGUGACGUGCUUCACGGGUAUGCUGUCGAAUAACUGGAUCGUGAAGGAGUUUUAUCCCAUCGAGUAUCUCCCUCGUGGUGUUCGUUUGACUGCGUACGGUGGCGGUGCUAAUGACCUUCCGCAGCAUGUGUUGCAGGAGUAUCUCGAUGCUGUCAAAGCCGGGACGGCUAUUGUUCCUAUUGAUAAGGUCUUCCAGUUCGAGCAGCUUCCUGAGGCUCACGAGAGGAUGGACGCUGGCCGCGCUGCCGGUAAGAUGGUGGUCAUGACGGGCAUGUAG